CAUCAUUACAGGCAGCCAGCACACACCGGCCGUUACAGGGGGGCUCUCAUUCAUAGCUGGCCAGUAAAGACCCCCAUUGUGGCCAGUACAGGGGGUGGAGACACUGAUUGCCCGGCUCUGUCUGUCUCCCCUAGGGAGAGCUGGAGGAGGGCCCGGGGGCCGCCCUUAGUGUGUAGGCCGGGGAUGCCGGGCGCCCCCUCCCUGCAGCUGAGCGGAGUAUCCGGGGAGAGCAGGAGCCGGAGGAGGAGGAGGUCCAUGAGAUCGGUGGGAGCCGGAGACCGGAGUUCAUGACCCCCCCUGCCCCCUCCGCCAUGUUAACGAGGAAGAGCUGUGCCGCUGCUGGCAUCCACCCUGCCGCAGGGAGAGGAAGUGAAGGCAUUAGUCAGAUGCAACCAUCACCAGGAUUACCACGAUCUGCCGCAGGCACAGGACCGCCAUCACCUGUAUCUUUGCCACCACUCAGAGCUGGCAACUCUGCGCAUAUGAUCGGAGGCAAUAAGCACACCAUGAAUGAACACCUGCACAUUAGCAGCCAUGGACAGAUCCAGGUGCAACAACUGUUUGAGGAGAACAGCAACAAGCGGACUGUCCUGACAACACAACCAAAUGGGCUUACGGCAGUUGGAAAAAGUGGAAUACCGAUUGUUACAGAAAGGCAGCUCGAGAGCACACACAGAAGGCAAGGAAGCUCUAGCUCUUUGAAGUCAUCUGAUGGGACAACCAAGGUAAAGCAGUCUUCAUUAACUCCGGAGCAAACAAUGAAGCAAUACAUGCAGAAGCUGAGUACCUUUGAGCACCAUGAAAUUUUCAACUAUUCGGAAAUAUUCUUUUUUGGUCCCAAUGCAAAGAAGCGUCAAGGUGUGAUUGGAGGCCCAAACAAUGGCGGCUACGAUGAUGAGCAGGGUUCAUAUGUUCAAGUGCCACAUGACCACGUAGCCUAUAGGUAUGAAGUGCUGAAAGUAAUCGGGAAAGGAAGCUUUGGACAAGUUGUGAAGGCUUAUGAUCACAAGCUACAUCAGCAUGUGGCAUUAAAAAUGGUACGAAAUGAAAAACGCUUUCACAGGCAGGCUGCAGAAGAGAUCAGAAUCCUCGAACAUCUGAAGAAACAGGAUAAGGACAACAAUAUGAAUGUCAUUCACAUGUUGGAGAACUUCACAUUCCGUAAUCAUAUCUGCAUGACAUUUGAACUUCUGAGUAUGAACCUCUAUGAACUUAUAAAGAAGAAUAAAUUCAUGGGCUUCAGUCUGCCGUUGGUUAGAAAAUUUGCUCACUCAAUUUUACAGUGCUUAAAUUCACUUUACAAAAAUAGAAUUAUCCACUGUGACCUUAAACCUGAAAAUAUUUUAUUGAAGCAACAGGGUAGAAGUGGCAUUAAGGUAAUAGACUUUGGUUCAAGCUGUUAUGAUCAUCAGCGUCUCUACACAUAUAUACAGUCUCGUUUUUAUCGUGCACCUGAAGUUAUUCUUGGUGGUCGCUAUGGAAUGCCUAUAGACAUGUGGAGCUUGGGUUGUAUUCUUGCAGAACUAUUGACUGGUUAUCCACUUUUACCUGGGGAAGAUGAAGGUGAUCAGCUUGCGUGUAUGAUUGAGUUGUUAGGUAUGCCACCCCAAAAACUACUAGAUUCUUCAAAAAGAGGCAAAAACUUUUUCAGCUCCAAAGGUUACCCUCGUUAUUGCACUGUUACGAGCCUGCCUGAUGGUUCAGUGGUACUUAAUGGUAGUCGCUCUCGAAGAGGAAAAUUGCGUGGUCCACCUGGGAGUAGAGACUGGGUGACUGCACUUAAGGGCUGCGAUGAUCCUCUAUUUCUGGACUUUUUAGCGCAGUGUUUAGAAUGGGAUCCUACAUUGCGUAUGACACCUAGCCAGGCUUUGCAGCAUCCAUGGCUACGGAGACGUUUGCCAAAGCCUCCAACUGGGGAAAAGCCCUCAUCUAAAAGAGUAACUGAAAGCUCUGGUGCUAUAACAUCAAUUGCAAAAUUACCUCCCACUUCUGGCUCUUCUGCAAAAAUAAAGACCAACUUAGCUCAAAUGACUGAUGCCAAUGGAAAUAUACAGCAAAGGACGGUAUUGCCAAAGCUGGUUAGCUGAUUUUUGACACAGACACUGAUACCGUGUUGAGCCUUAUGCAUUUGAAGACACAGCUCAAAUCUAGAACAUUUUUAAUGAUUCAAUCUAACGAUUUUAUGUCUGCAACUUUGGUUUUUUAACUUUGAGAUUUUGUAUUGUAAACAAAGGGGACAAUGCUUUAAGGUUUUAAUCUUUUUUUUUUUUCUAAAUUAAUUUGUUGUUUGCUUUACUAAAUUUAGGAAGUGUCAUGAAAUCAGUGGCUGGCCACUGAGUCAAAUAUUUUGACUGUUAAAAUAUUUAUUGGUGUCAAAAGUGUUAAGCACGAUAUGUUGUGGUCAGCAGAAUUUAGGCUUGGAGUCAUGUAAACUAUUUUAUUUCAUGAAAUAAUUGUUUUACAUGCAUUGCAGAGUUACCCAUCCCAAUUUUACUCGAUUUGUUGAUGUACCUUGUGCCACACUGGUAAUUCAGACUAGUGAAGUUACAUUGUUUGAGCAUAUUUUCACCCAUCAAAGAAACAAAAAAAAGGGUCAGGUUUAUUUAAAGGACACUCCUUGCAUCAUAACCACAAUGGCCCAUUGUUUAAUGUGGCAGUGGUGCACUGAUGCCCUGCCAGUGUAAGUAGUCAAAUCAUAUUGAGGACUGCUUGGCCACUUUCCCUGGAGCCAGAAGCACCUACAAAGAACUUCAAUGCAGGAUCGACUCAUUGGCCGACGGUGUCAGUUGAGUGAUUUGUGCCAAUGAGUACCUCCCUGUACCAAUGGGCUUACCUCGUUGCAGGAGCUUCUGGCUUGAUGAGUACCCAGCAGAUUUCUUGGUAAUUUGUCAAUCUGAUUACCCUGGGAAGGCACAGGCUAUUUCUUACUCCAUACCAAGUAAAGCGGGCUGUAGUAGUUAUAGUGCUUGGAUUGUUCCUUUUACAAACAGUCUGUUUUAUACAACACUAAAAUCCUGGUGUUCUCUGGCAUUCUGUUGGUGAUUCCACAUGUCAGUGCACUUUUGCUGGUUGUGAUUGUUGCUUAUGUUACACCUCCAUGCUCAACCACAGCUUUGUGUGAGACAGCUAAUAAAAGUGCUCAAUUGAAUGACUGUCAGAUUCUCUUGCCAAUAGUAACCCAGAGAAUGUCAGCAGUUAACAGGCUAAUACACAGAUCUAUUGAUGCUUAAAAAGGAAGCACUAGGAAGGGCGCAUAGUGCUCUGUCCUGUUACCUUAAGAAGAGUGGAAAAGUUAGUUUUAAAGUGCUUUUUUUUUUUUUUUUUUUUACAUUACUGUUUACAUUGUUUCUGUUUUGUCAUAGAAGCAAUUUAACAGACAAAACAGACUAGUUUUUCUUUUUAAGUGAAAUAUUUUGCAAACAAAUCUGAACUAUAUUGCAGCUCUACAUUUUAAACAACUUUUACUUUGACUUUUGGAAAUGUAGGUGAUUUCAAGAUAGGAUAUUUAUGAAAAAUAGAACAUUAUUAAUUUAAAUCUUAGUAUUAACUGAUUUAUGAUAUUAUAUGGAGUUAUAGAAGAGAGAAUGUGAAUUAUUUAAAUUUGAAGUUUUUUUAUUUUAUUUUUACACAUUUUGCUUUAAAGGCAUUUCUGACUUUUGGCCAGGGUACUAUUUAUUUAGCAUAUUGAAAACAAUAUCAGAAAUAGCGUUGGGACGAGGAUUGUGUAACCAUAAGUUGGCUACAGUAGCACUAACAUUCCUGCCGCCAUUUUGUUCUGAGAUUGGUGUGGUGGGAUAAGUUGCACUGCUUCUGGUUGUUAAAUCCUUAUUUUGACUGUUAACCUCUGAAUUGCAGACAAAGAAGAAUUUUAAUUUGAAAACAAACACAUACGUGGAGGAAGGAGAAAAAAAAACCUUAAAAAUGUGAUCAGUAAUACUUUAUUUUGUUGUAAAAAUGUGAAAGUGGAGUGAAACAUGGAUGUUUUAAUUAAAAUCCUACAGAACUCCAGACUAAUUGCAUUAUAUUUGCUUUUAAAAAAAAUUCAAAUAUUGUUUUCUUUUUUAUAUAACUUAAAGCAUCGUCCCCCCCACCC